AUCAACUGCCGAACCACUCCACAAAAACAAUAACAGGGCCAGUGUGCUUAUCUAAAAUCACACCUGAAUCUUGCCAAAUUAAUGCCUAUUUGUUUCUGAUCCCUAGCUUUAAAGGCUGAAGCUGCUGUCAGCUGUGUUCGCGCAGCAGCAAGCACAGGCAGCAUCAUGGCGAAGGUGCACCGGCUGAUGAACGCCGUGCUCCGGCUCGCCGCUGCGGCGGCUGCUGCAACGGCGGCGGUCGUCAUGGUGACGAGCCGUGAGACCACCAGCUUCUUCGGCAUUCAGAUGGAGGCCAAGUACUCCUACACCCCAUCUUUUAUCUUCUUCGUGGUGGCGUAUGCCGUGGCGGCCGCGUAUAGCCUGCUCGUACUGGCCGUGCCGGCAGGGAGUGCCCUCUCCAGAUUGGCGCUAACAACAGAUGUGGUGUUGGGGAUGGUGCUCGCCGGUGCCGUGGCCUCCGCCGGCGCCAUAUCGGACAUCGCGAAGAACGGCAACUCGCACGCCGGGUGGCUGCCGGUGUGCGGGCAGAUACACGCCUACUGCAACCACGUCAUGGCGGCGCUCAUCGCCGGCUUCGUCGCGCUGGCCGUCCACUUCGUCGUCGUCAUGUACUCCCUCCACAUUGUCACCGAUGUCAUUUGCCCCUGCCAUUAGCAGAGUCUAUCUAUAUAUAUAGUCCAUAGUAGCAGUAUAUAUAUAGGUCGUGAUAUAUACUUCCAUCACCAAAAAUUCGGGUACGUAUAUACCAUUUUAUUUUCUCUAUAUCUAUGUCUCAAUUUGUUAAAGUUAUGUUUCAGAUGGCAACUACAUUGUGAUCUAUGGUCCUCUGUAUCUUGUUGUUACUUGUUACACACAAGAUUUGAAUGAAAAAUACCCCCACGAUGUUCCAGAAACA